GCUGGGACGCAAAAAAACCGGACUAACCGAACAGGCAAACACUGAAAUCUGGAGAAAGAAGAUCUCUGCUGGGAGUUAUGUAAAGUUAUUCAUCUAUUUGGGGCCUUUUUGUCUCCUCUUUACGCACAUUUUGUACCCAUACUGGACAGAGGAGUGCCAUGAAACCGAUGGAGAAGUUGUGGAGUUGCUGUCAGCGAUGGGUGAAGGAGACAAGACGUGGAAGUCUGUAGAGGAAUCCCAGCAGAGAGCCUCCAGGAGCGGAUCAACAGGAUUGUGUGGUGCGCUCCUUUUCUUCUCUUCUGCACACUUUAAAACAAUGGAAACGUCUCACUGCUUUAUGCACGGAUCCUUCAUUAUGUGCAGCUGAGAUGGUCUAAGCACGCUUUACUGGAUUACAACACAUCAACAGGACUAAAUCCUUGCAGAGAGCUGAUGGUAAAGUAAUACUACCGGUGUCAGCUGUAGAGAUACAAAAUAUAUUCUAUAAACACGACCGAGUGACAGCAUGUGGAGCCUGAGGACGUGGACGUGGAGAGCUGCUCUGUGCUGCAUGCUUCUGCAGACAUGUCUGCUGCACAAUGCCAGAGGUCUUAACAUGUGUAUGAGUGGCAGCGCUACGUCCUGUGAAGAAUGCCUCCUGAUUCACCCCAGUUGCGCCUGGUGCGCACAAGAGGAGUUUGGGAGGGGGCGGACUCUGACAUCACGGUGCGAUUUUAUUCAAAACCUGCAGAACAGGGGCUGCGAGCCGCGGUUCAUCGAGUACCCCGUCAGCAGCAUCUCUGUCCUGGAGGACAUGCCUCUGAGCUCUAAAGGGUCCGGGCCCGUGUCCGGGUCGACCCAGUACGAUGUGGUCCAGAUUAUGCCUCAGAAGAUCUCUGUCAGCCUGCGGCCAGGAGACCAGACGUGGUUUGGGCUGCAGGUGCGGCAGGUGGAGGAUUACCCAGUGGAUCUCUACUAUCUGAUGGACCUCUCUCUUUCCAUGAAAGACGAUCUGGACACCAUCCGUAACUUGGGCACCAAGCUGGCACUGGAGAUGGGCAAGCUCACCAGCAACUUCAGGCUGGGCUUUGGCUCCUUUGUGGACAAAAACAUGUCCCCUUUCUCCUACACAGCACCCAAGUAUCAGGAGAACCCAUGCAAUGGAUACAAACUGUUCCCCAACUGCGUCCCCACCUUCGGUUUCCGCCACAUCGUCUCACUGACGGACAAAGUGGACCGUUUCAACGAGGAGGUGCAGAAGCAGAUGGUGUCUCGCAACCGGGACGCACCAGAGGGCGGAUUUGACGCCAUCCUGCAGGCAGCUGUUUGUAAGGAGGAGAUCGGUUGGAGGAAGGAGGCGUACCACCUGCUGGUGUUCGCCACAGACGACGUACCUCACCUCGCUCUGGACGGCAGGCUGGGAGGACUCGUCCAGCCCCACGAUGGACGGUGUCACCUCAACGACAACAAUGAGUACAGCGCGUCCACAAAGAUGGACUACCCCUCUCUGGCUCUUCUGGGGGAGAAACUGGCAGAAAAUAACAUCUUCCUCAUCUUUGCAGUGACAAAACGGCUGUAUGUUAUUUAUAAGAAUUUUACUGCACUCAUACCUGGAACUACAGUAGAAAUCCUGGACCAGGACUCUAAGAAUGUAAUUCAGCUGAUCAUCGCAGCGUACAAUAACAUCCGCUCUAAAGUGGAGCUGUCAGUGUGGGAUCACCCAGAGGACAUCAGCCUUUCCUUCACCGCCACCUGCCAGGAUGGAAAGCCGCUGCCCGGCCUCAGGAAGUGCGCCGACCUGAAGAUAGGAGACACUGUGUCGUUCAACGUGAGCGUGGAGGCGAGGAGCUGCCCUCCCCACGGCGCCGACCAGAGCUUCACCAUCAAGCCGGUGGGGUUCAAAGACCGUCUGGAGGUGGCUGUGAAUUACCAGUGUGACUGCGGCUGCAGCCGGAAGGCACAAACCAACAGCAGCAUCUGCAGCUCCAUAGGUACCUAUAACUGUGGGACUUGUCGCUGCGAGCCGGGCUACCUGGGCGCCCGCUGCGAGUGCCAGGAGGGCGAGGCCAGUAGCAUAUACCUGAGCGCCUGCCGGGAAGCCGAAGGCAAGCAGAUCUGCAGCGGGCGAGGGGAGUGCAGCUGCAACCAGUGCCUGUGCUUCGAGUCGGAGUUUGGCAAGAUUUACGGCAGCUACUGCGAGUGUGACGACUUCUCCUGCGCCCGACACAAAGGCAUCCUCUGCUCAGGUCACGGAGAAUGUCAUUGUGGGGAGUGUAAAUGCAACGCCGGUUACGUUGGCGACAACUGUAACUGUUCCACGGAGACGUUGUCCUGCAUCGCAGACGACGGGCAGAUGUGCAGCGGGCGAGGUAACUGUGUGUGCGGCCGCUGUCAGUGCACCGAGCCGGGGGCCUUCGGAGAUACCUGCGAAAAAUGCCCCACGUGCCCCGACGCCUGUGGCACUAAAAGGGAGUGCAUCGAGUGCCGGCUUUUCAACUCAGGGCGACUUGCUGACAACCAGACCUGCCAGCGCCUGUGCAAAGAUGAAAUCAUCACUGUGGAGACCCUCAAAACGGAGGAACCCGGCGCCGUGCUUUGUCUGUACAAGACAGACAACGAUUGUGUCAUGAAGUUCACGUAUUCUGAGCACGCCAGCGGGCAAUCCAUCCUCACAGCUCUGAAAGAGCCAGAGUGUGGCGGCGCUCCAGACGCUCUGACGGUGCUGCUCGCGGUGGUCGGCAGCAUCCUGCUGGUGGGAGUGGUGCUGCUCGCUGUCUGGAAGUUGGCCAUCACCGUUCAUGACCGGAGAGAGUUUGCACGCUUCCAGAGCGCACGCUCACGAGCACGAUAUGAGAUGGCCUCCAACCCUCUGUACAAGCAGCCCGUCUCUACACAUUUUGUAGAAACAGAUUUCAACAUGUACGUGAAGUCCUACAACGGAGGGGUCCACUGAUCCCUCAGCACGCGGCGCGGCAGGACCGGUCCGGCGAACAGAGAUCCCUGGAGGACGGGGCCCGAGGUGGACGGCGGAUUGAACACACUCAUCCCUCUGAUUACAGAAGUGAAAUGAACUAGACUGUGUCCGAGGGCAGAAAUCUGUGGCCUUUUUUUUAUUUUUUAUCUUUACGCAGGAGAUUCAAGCCUUCCACAGAGACACGAUGUGACUUCUUUUUUCUUCUUCUGUGUGUUUCACUGACAGCAGUUUCAGUCGGUGGAGGAGCGACGAAGCAUGAACUCCUUGGUGUUGUUUAGAGAGAGAGAGAGAGAGAGAGAGUAGAGUUAGCGGUGAGUUUGUCUGCAGUUACACAAAAUAAACAAACUCUCUCAUGAAAACCAUGACUCCAACCACAUAAAAACCACCAUUCAGUCUUUGCACAGAGACAUAGGCUUAUAUUUGUAUAUUUUUAUAAACACUAAAAAUGCCUUUUUUUAGUAUAAACUUUGCACCCAACAGGAAUAUAUUUCACUCCGCAUCAGAUCAAAUUGUUAUUAAAAAGCACAUAUUCCUGAAGGUGGCUACGAUGACGUUGUGGUACUACUAACAUUUACUAAGCAGUAGACUUCUUACCCUCAUUUUGCACAGAGAAUAUUAAGAGUCAAGUGUCGUAAAGAUUUAAAUUUUCUUUAAUGUUGUGUGUGUGUGUGUGUGUUUGUUAUUGUAUGCUCCAAUUGCACUCCCUUCUCUUAAUCUGAAUCGUAGGGAACCAACUCACCCCCCAGCCUCUGAACCCUUAAAGGAUAAGGUUGGUGUUACUUUAUAUUUCUCUUUUUUUUGUUAACAAAUCCCAUGAAAGACCAAAACCAACAAAGUAGUAGUCCCCUCAAUACUUUCAGACUUCUCUACCGCGCUCAGACCCAUACUCCUACUUGUUCCUACUGGAGACACAAAUCUUUAAAAUGUGUAAACAAUAUGAAUUUACAUUUGCUAAAACCGCUGGCCGCUGUGUUUUUUUUUUUUAGCAAACAUUACUUAAACAGGCGGAAACAGUUUGUUGGGGACUAUUUUCAGCUUCAGAUUAAUGCACAUUUGAAGCUCUCGUGAGUAUUUACGGUAAAGCUGAAACAAUUACAUGCAUAAUAUUAAUCUGCAACUAUUUUUAUAAUGAGUUAAUCUUUUCUUUUUUCUCAAAAACACCAAAUAUUCUCUAGUUCCAGCACCAGCACCUGUUGUAUUGUAAAAAAUGGAUAUCUUGGACAAUUGGUCGGACAAAACAAACAAUCUGAAGAUGUCACCUUGGGCAUUAGGAAAUUGUGACAGGCAUUUUUUUUUAUUUACUAUUUUCAGAAAUUUUGUUGACCAAAUGAUAAAUACAUAGAUUAAUCUGUAACAAAAAUAAUCAAUAGUUGCAGUGCACUGUUAGUUGGUUCGGAUCAUUGUUGCUUUUGGUCUUUUGGUCUUUUGGUUGGAUUUAUAAAUAUAUAUGAAAUAUUACCAGCUUCAGAACCCUUAACAACACGUCACAAUCAGAGACACCUUCACGUGUUAAAUACUGUGUAUCCAGCACUGUUGCAUUAAAGGUGCAUUGUGUACGAUGUGGCCAGAAUUUUAUUUUAAAACAUUCAAAAAAUGAACAAAUAUUAUAGUGGCAGAAACGAGAAAACAACUUGCAUUUUCGUUUCGUCCUCCCCGCCACCACAGGGCUCAACAAGAAGGCUUGUCUGGGGAAAGUAAAAUGCCAUGUUGGGCUAGUAAAUCUAGCAACAUGUGCCGUACCGAUCGGGCACUCGUGAGAAAAUGGUGGCAGGUAAAAACAAGUUUAUGAGCUGAAGUGCAAAGAGCAUUUCAAUUAUCCUGGAAACAGGAGUUUAGUUGAGUGGUGUUAGAGGAUGUGGGCGAAACUUCAACUAUGUGCCGUUUGCCCCAAGUUUGAGAGCAUGGCGGAUAAAACAUGACUGUUAACUUUAGUCUUUGUUGUUAUUUGAUAACCAUUAAUGACGCUGAAUUUGAGUUGCUACAGCUAACUGCUAACUGAAGGUCCGUCUCCCGGAGCUGCUGCACACUCUCCUCGUGGCGAAGUAGUCCUCUAGUGGCGAGGAGGACAAAACAAAAAUUCAGUUUUCUCAUUUCUACCAUCUUGGAUUUAAUCCAACAAAACAAACUAUCGUAACGCUACACGGACUGUACAGCCCCCGGUUAAUGGCACAGUAAACACAGAGAUGGCUAAUGUAAACUACAGGCCGACGCCACACGUGAAGAUUUAAGAUAGCGAUGUUAUUUUGGCUCUCAGAGUUUCUGCAGUUUGGUUUAAUUUUGCGUAUAUGCCCUGCUGUUAGUUAGUAGUUGGCUUUUUGUUUUCUUCAUGAUGACUGUAAAUUUAGACUGAUCGGACCCAGUAGUAGAGGUGAAAUGCUGCCCCCUAUUUGUUUGGAGCAGGUGGCCAGAUAUUACACAUUGCACCUUUUAAAUCAUUCUCAUAUGAUGAUAUAUAUGAUCAGUGGAGAUGCCGAGUAGAUGACCUCUAACUUGGAAUACAGACACAUGCAGUACUUUGAGUAAAUGUUGAUUUGGGCAUACAGUAUGACUGGCUGCUACAUUAUAAAGUCCCUGAGACACUGCGUACGUCCACCCUGCCUGCACUGGGACUGGGUGGAAACUUUGAGAAGCCUCAAAGGAGAGCGUCAUAAAUCUACCCUCACUGUUCCCACAGUAAGAGGCGGAGUCUGAACUGUCGCAGGGAAAUCUGACAGUGAGAAAUGUUAGCGGGGUCGGGCGAGAAAAGAAGGGCGCUCUGUGGCCUUUCUUGUGACGGUCUUACAGUAAAAGUAGCAGGGACUUGGAGUUUGUAUGUGCAAGAGUGUGUUUGAGUGCAAGGAGUGUAUGUGAAUAAUAUAACAUGGGUAUGUAUGUACAUGCAGUGCCAAAUGAACAUGUUUUGUGGCUUGGCUGUGUGUCUCGGCACAGUUUAUUAAAACUCACCCUCCCACACCUUUUUCAGCUCAAACAUAAAUCUUUCUGUACAGGCGUGAACACAUUCACACGGAUGAACAGACUCACACCACUACAUGUUUAUGUAAUACUGCACACAGAGCAAGAACAAUAAAUCUGCUUAUGUCAAAAGCC